AUGGAGUCCGAUACUUCUGAAUUUUGUUAUGAAGCCAAAGGUGUUUCUAAACAGCUUAAAACUUUUAGUCAAAGAUUUCAAAGAGUUGAUAAGAACCGAAAACAAUAUGUGAAAAUACAUGUUAAUCAACCUAUUAUCUUGGAUAUUGUGAUAUCGCAAAGAUUAUUGAUUUUAUGGUACUUGCUUAACAAAUAUACUGGGAUCUUUGAUAUUACAUAUACAGAGCGUCAGUCAUUUUGGAUCUCACAAAGACAUCAAAACAGGUUUUUGGCCGUACCCGGAG